UAAUGCAAAAAAAAGUUUCAGGUUUCUCUAUAAUUCGUAGUUUCCUGUGAAUACAUACUUUGGCCUUUUAAUGUGUUAUGAGAUCGCUUCACGUCCUUUUUGCUCCUCUCUUUGUCACUAGCGGCUAGCGGGGCCAAGCGGAACCGUUGGGUUGUUUGGGUUUGGGCUGUUUGUGGGCUUGUGUCCGUCGUUGUAGGCGGUGACUGAUGUGUGUACAAAAUUUUAAAACCCCAUCGUUUUAGCCUGCCAUUUUAAAUACGUUGUGCAACUGGUGAACAGUUGUACUAUGCAAUGGACAGCCAGGGACAAGAGCCAAACUCUGAAGUUAUGGAGACCAGCUCCUCGAACCAUGCAGUACUUCUGACUGACAUGAAGCUUUUGGAGGAACCAUCUGCAGGAGACCUUUAUGUACAGCGUGAAUUCCUUGAGGCAUUGGGUACAAACACUGAUGUGGUUCCUGCUGUGGAAGGCAGCAGUAAAAUGAUCCUCAUUGUGCAAGAGGCUGAUCUCUUGGAACCAACUCCUCCUCAAGAUACAGAACAAAGUGUGCCCGAUACUACUCUGGAACCUUGUGAGGAUGUGGUUCCUGUUGCUGAAACAUAUGCAGAUUCCGAAACUGAAAAGUUGGACAGAAGUUCAGGCAAUUUACAAGAUGACAUAAACAAAACUCACGUGAGCCCCGCACAUUCCCCAGUGGCAGAGAAUCCACAGGAAACACCGGGAGAUGAAGUAACUGCGCAAGAUAUGGCCAGUGAGGAAUGUGACACACACCGCUCAGCACUACCAAGGCAAACCCGUCAAAUGUCUCCUUCCUUUGGUUUGGAAAGAGCAGCACAUACACCACGAAAAGGGACAAAUGAGACCUGUGCAUCGGAAGUGAGUACCAAGGCUGUACGCACUCCAAUGUCUCCCCUCAUCGCAGCAGCAGCGAGUUGUGAAGAGCCAACUCCUACAAAAUCCUUGCCGUCAAAAAUGGAACGUAUGCAAUUUAACAACAGUCUAGAUCUUGACAGACAAAGUUUGGAGUCACCAAGGAAGACGCCGCUACAGACUUACCUUCGGCUGCAAAAUUCAACCCCAAGAGCAAGAUCUGCGUAUAAUUGCCAGAAGUGCAGCUUCCGUACAAGCCGCAUGGAAAAUUUAGUGCGGCACAACAAAAGUGAGUGUGCCUUUAUCAAGGACUUUUUUAGCUGGGAUGCGAACACAUUCACUGAGGUUGCCAAGAGAAAGGAAGUCUGCCCUACUGAUAUUGUGGAGAACGUGACACCCACAAUUGCUGCAACAACACCAGUGAAACGGAAAGGUCAACCGAGGGAAAGGCUUGAUGUACAGGCAAAACUGGCCAGGAUGGAGCCUAUUGAAAAAAAGAAAAGCAACACACCUAUUAAAAGCAAAUCAGCAGGGUCAGCAGAGGAGGAAAGUUCCGAUUCUGACAUCGGGCCUAUUUCUUCUGCAGAAGCCACUGAUCUGGAAUUUUCUGAAGAUGAUGUCGUCUGGGUAGAGUGGAAACGUUUGCACUGGCCUGCUCUGGUUUUGAAGGUGUAUGCCAACACAAAAAAAGCCAAGGUCUUCCUAAUUGACACAAUAUCUUCGAAAGAAACGGUGAUGAUAAAUGUGAAGAAAAUCUUUAACUUCAACUCUGCUGAAAGGAACAAGCGUUUUUUGAAUGAAGGCCGGGUUGGUCGCAACAGUGGAGCGCUGGUGAAAGCUGUACAGAAGGCAGAAGAAUUCCUACGCAAGCGCUGUCUUGGGAUUCAUAUAAAUGCAAAGCAGUUCUUUUGUGAUGGAGAAGUGCAACUUAUUGAUGACUACUCCGAGAACAGCAGCAGCUCUUGUAUGGAAUCUGAGCUUUGGUCCUGCUCUCCGGCUUCACAAGAAGGUGAAGGAGACAGGGAAAAUGCAGAAGCUAGCAAAGAAAGAAGAAGGCGUCGCAAUGAGAAGCUGGUGAAAUGCAUCACAACAGGAAAAGUUGAUAGUCACCUCUUUGGAGUUCUGAAUGGCACUAUUGCAAGUGAGAGGCAUGAAAAGUUCCAUAGUGAUGUGCAGUGUGACCGAAGUCAACUGAAGCAGCAGUCUUGGUUCGGCCCUAUUGAUGACACCAGUCAGCAAGAGAAAAUUUACGAAUACUGUUUUGAGCUCCUGAAGAGGACCUCCAAUGUAGAUGAGUCUUUCGACAUUGCUGCGUAUGUCAUUGAGGUGUGGUGCCCCGAGGCGGUGAUGAAAGCCCUGUGUAGAACGCGACGCAUCAACAUGAGCCGUGCAGAGGAAAUCCUUACUCGGGCUGUAGUGUUGAGCAAGGCUGAACAUGAAGUUGCGCACCGUCAAAUGCUGGCUGCUUCUCCGACUCCCGACGAGCGCAAGGAACAUGAGGAGCAGAUUCGGAGCAACUUCCGUGACAUGGGCAUUGAGGAUGAAAUAUUAGCAGCCCUUGACUUCUAAACCCUCAAAUUGGUUGGUUAGUGUGAUUUUUUGUGCAUAUGAGCAUAAGUGCAACGGUGCUGUGAGUAUUGGUUGCAAUUUUCUUUAACAUUUGCAACAUUUUUCACGGCAGCAUGCUGUUGUUUCUUCAUUGCUCCUCUUUGGUAAACUCAGUGUGAAAAGCUGGACUUCUGUAUUGCCAUGUAUGGAGAGUUCAAUUAUGGCUUGUUGUAGCAGCUCCAGCUUGGUGCAAAGCUGCCUUGCAAACUGUUUCAAGCCUAGGAGUUGCCUACCAUGUUUGAUGACAAUUUAUUGAGAGAAUGACGUAUUGUUCACCUGCAUUGCCAAUGCCAAUUUGUGAAUGCCUGUUUAAACCACUUCCACUUGAGUGGCAUGCAGUGGUUUCAAAGUGUGACAUUGCUUACACCAUUCUAUUUUUUGCACAUACUUGUACCUUACACACAAUAUGCCAUGUUGUCAUAGUCACCGUCACUUUCUCAGUUUAUGUAUGGAUUCUAAACCCUGUUCCUUCAACAGCUCGUGUAUUCAGUGGUAGAACAAAUUGGGUGUAAGUACUCAUGCUGUGUGGGCCCCUUGCGAUCCUGGUGCGCCACAGAGUUUCCCCAAAUCAGGUCAUCCCAGGUCAGAAUAAUAAUGAAUAAUAAACCACUAUUAAUUAAAUUACUAUUAAGUAACCAGCAUUAAUGUGCUCUUAAGGGCUCUUGUUCUGCUAAGUCUGUCAAUUAUGAAAGUGUUUUUAUCCAAUUUUAGCUUUAGUUUUGUUGUCUUUCAGAACUGAACUAGGAAAGUUACCUCUAACAAAAUGUGCCCAAGGGUUUUGCAUGCACUGUACCACAUGCCAUAGUAUUUUUGUGAACCUACUUAGUGGGUAACUCUUAAAGGUAAUAUGUUUUUAGAUUUGUGCUAACUGGAGAGAAAAGUGUGCAUGCUCUAUCAGUUGAUAAAAGAGAGGUGAAUGCAGCACCAAAGAGAGAAAAACCAGCACGCAGGUGUUAAGGUGUACAGACCAUGUCACAUCUGAUUCAGAUUGAAUUACAACAUGUUACUAUUACUCAUCCAUAUCUUCCCCCACAUUUUUUUAUACAUAUAUAGCGAGACAUUCUGUCCUUGCUUUGUCAUAGUACUAUGUAGAUCUGAUUAGUUUAUCUUACUUAAAUUUCUCUCACACUAGAUCCAUAAACAUGGAAGGGCCUUAUGAUGGAGUGGGGUAUGUGGCUUCCUUCUGGAGAAAAUGCCCUUUCCUGGUCAAAUUCGACACUCAGUGCUGUGAAACAGUUAAGCUAAGGCUAGGAUGGAAAUCUCUUCAUAAGAUGACGAAAACAUAUCUGAACGAAAAUGCCAUUUGACUAUUCAAAAAUGUGUCCUGUAAUCUUGUUCUUUUUCAACUAUUGUCACACUUGUCGAUGCGAAUGUGUUAGGAAAUGGAAGCAACAAAUUACACCCAAUGCUGCACCUUCUAGUUCGGCUUCCUACUUCAAACUGAUCGUCAUCUUUCUUGCCUGCAUGGUGCUUGCCGGAUCUAUCCAGUGUGCAGGCAGUGUUGUACCCUGCAGUGUUAACCUGUGAACUGCUUUUGUAACAGUAGAGGAGUUAUGAUUAUGCACAUAUAUUUUAUGCCCUUUGAAUUUGUAAUGUUGUGUUGUUAUAAUAUGAAUAUUCUUAUAUGGCAGGUGUGAGCAUUUGUAGGGGGAUAUUAUGUCAUAGUCUUUAUAAAUUUAUUACAAAAUGAAUUAAAGAAUGUAGGUGUGUCAAAGUGUAGAAACUUGGGUAAGCAGAUUGGGUAAGCAGAUUUCAACAUGGGCAGUGUGAUGGGACAUCAACAGAACAAGUUAAUUACUACAUCUAAAGUUGAUUGCAUGGGCAAGGUUACAAACACCGUAAAAAGGCACAUAAGUGGCAUUAAGGGGAGGAUCGCUCUUAUAAGAAAGCUAGCUGUGCCAGAGCAAGGAAUAGUGAAUUAUGGCCAAUGCUAACGGUAACAUGGUGGCAACGAGACGUGCUCACGGCUGAUUUAUUUCUGGUCAGCCUUUGAUACGCUUCCACUUUCCUGCCAUCCCUUAUUGAUUGAUCUGUUGCUUGUCCUGUUUGCAUCUUGUCUCUCAUCACUGUUCAUUUACAAAUGUGGCAUACUAGAUGUCUCUGUGGAAAGAGAGUUAUCAAGUGCAAGUGCUGGCUAAUGGUACACAUAAUUUAGCAAAUGUAGCAACUUUAAUGAGGUACCUAAAGGCCUCUUGCACCCAAGCACUUAGUAAUGUCAAUGGCUGUCACCAAGAAAAACUACAAAUUGUGCUGUUCAUAAGCUUUUAUGUAAUAUACAAUUCACCACAGAAGCAUAGACCCCAUAAGGUAUGGUUGAUGCUUGUGUGUCUUAUUUGCAUGUGCAAUUUCUUGGAAGUAGAAACUGUGUAUUCCCCACACAUUUUUAAUGUUCAUUCAUAUUUAGCUUUGUGCUUUUUGUGUACUAAAAGCUUGGGAUCAAUUGCAUGUACUUUAACCUGCAUCGAUUUCUUUUAUGUGGCUUUAAACAGGCCAAAAGAAAGAAUGUAUUACGAAUAUUUUGCUUAAGAAAGGUUAUAUACCAUUUAACCUUGAUAACGUUGAUGGUUUUAUUUCCUCUAUAGAGCAACAAUUCGUAUGUUUGUAGUAAGGAUAGUGAACUUAGCGAAUGACGUAGACAGUGUCCUCAUUUUCAAGUUCAGUUAUAAAUGUCUAAUUAUCCAUGUGACUUCAUUGUGAAAGCCUCUUCGUCAACUUUGGGAAGAUUGGAAACUAAAGGUAUUUUGUUUAAUAGAAACAAACUUCAUAUUGUAGAAACAAAAUUUACAUGAAGGGAUUUGUUUAACUCAAGACAUGAUCAAAGCCUGUCCUUAUUCAAUCUGUACAGAUGUCAUGGAUUUUGUACCAGCAUUGCAGUUAGUUUCUUCAUGCCUGGUAAUGAUUCAGUCUGAAUAACUGCUUUCACGUGUGGUGUGAUCUAUUACUAAGUAAGAGCACGCUUUCAUUGUCUUUGUUGCAGGACAUUGUAAGUAGUUAAUUAAUUAGUUUGCAUAUAUUUGCUUGCGAAGCGUUCAGUUUGUGUAAGCGUGUUGGAAUUCAGUUUCGUUAUAUUGCUGUAUCAGUUCUUAUUUCUCUCUAAAUAAGAUUCCAUGUAAGUGGACCUGACUUUUUCAGGAGUUCUGUUGUUACAAAAAAUUCAGGCAGUAAAUAUCAAAUCUUGUUUCUCAGCAAGAAUUGGAGUAAAAUGGGCAUGUCGCUUUAAAAGGGUGUAAAUGAAAUGUUCAGUGUUUAGAUGGAGACAUUUUCAUGUUUUACUUUUAAAUACAGGAGUAUUUACGUAUUUGGUACAGUAAACGUGAGGUAUCUCCCGACUUGCGGUUCCUGAGAGGGAGCCAUGGUAAACUUUUCUGUUUGAAGGGCUUUAUAGUGUUCAGGAAAAGCCAUGAGGCUCACAGGCUACAUAUGUUACGUUGCUCAUGAGAUGCGUACCCUUCCCUUAUCUUCAGUGUAGGCCCGGUCACAGAUAUGUGCAGACAGUGGAUAAUCUUUGUAUAGUCAGUGACAACUUAAGUCCUACAGUUGGGACCUCCCACUCAUUCAUGGAAGGCUCCUGCAAUUGGCUUUUCCCGCCUUUGCACGACGCCCCCGCUUCGCGAUGUAGUGUCGGCUGUCUCUCUCUCCCCCCCCCCCCCCAGUCCCCACUGGGCCGUGCUGCACUACAUUCGCACGCGGAGCGAUUCUUGUGUGGGGGCGGGGUCAAGUGUAUAACUUAUGUUGUCACUGACUAUAGUUGCUCGCAAGCAUACACAAAUGAUUUGUCAUGACAGCGUAACUUCAUAUAACUUAAUUUCAUUGGGAGUGGCUGCGUACUGCACACAUUACACAUGAAAAUCAUUAUGUUUUCUAUAAGUAAUGUGCAUUUGGAGAGGUUGAGUAUUAAAUUCAUUUACUGUUAUUGUGGAUCUGUGGACCUGUGUUUCCUGUUUUAUUCCCGAUACCCAGCUAUUAACUACUGCUAACCAGUAGUUGGCCUUAAUAGCUCUCUGUUGGGCUUUACCAGAAAAAGUCUGGUCCUAAAUACAGUUGUCUUUGACCCUAUCCAAAAUAGAGUGCAUGUUGAGGUUGUAUGUGUUACAGCAUGAUAAAAGUGUGUAUUGUACAAUAUGGUAUUUUUAUCUAGUGCUUUUAAUUAUGUGUUUAGUGUUCAUUUUAUAUUAGUGCCUUUGGUAAUGCUUUAGCAGUUUUUCUAUAGUGCAAGUGUAUUUUGGUGGCUGAUAUAUUACAGAGCAUCCUUUUGAGAUUGACCAGAGGGUGAGAAAUUCGAAAGCAAAUGUUACUUUAUUUGGGGGGUAUUAUUAUUAUUACAGGGGGUUCUGGGUGUUCCCCCCCCCCCCCCCCACCCCAGAAUGGUACCUUUAGAGUGCAUUUGGGAGAGGGGAAUGGGGGAAAUCCUCCUCUCUCAUGUAAAGUCCCCAUGGAACCCUUCCUGAAAUAUGUUUCUGGCUAUGCUGCUGGUAUAAACAUCCCUAUGCUUUUCAUUUGCUUCAGACUAAAUAACCUGUAUGUAUAGAGGAUAUUAAACAACCGCUAUCUCUUA